UAAGUGAAGGUGCAAGGUAUAUAGAUAGAGAGAGAGAAAUAAGGAUGGGGUUCGAGCCGCCAGUUCCGCAGCAGGACACGAACUGGGAGAUCCGGGCGGCCGUGCAGGGCAGUCUGGCCCUCCAAGUGCUCCUCAUCUUCGUCACGCCGCUCCGCCGCACCUCCCCCUCCCGCCGCACCCGCUUCUUCGUCUGGUCCGGCUACCUCCUCGCCGACUGGGUCGCCGACCUCGCCCUCGGCAUCCUCCUCAACGCCUUGGGCAACAUCGGCCCCUCCUCGACCGCCACCGUCACGAUCUCCCACGCCUCCCCCAAGCCCGAUGUCGGCGGCAGCAGCGGCGGCAGCAGCAGCAGCAGCCCCGUCAUCUUCGCCUUCUGGGCGCCGUUCCUCCUCCUCCACCUCGGCGGCCCCGACACCAUCACCGCCUUCUCCGUCGAGGACAACGAGCUCUGGCGCCGCCACCUCAUCGGCCUCCUCUUCGAGCUCUUCGCCGCCUCCACCGUCUUCUUCUGCUCCCUCCGGCAAAACCCCUUCAUCCUUGCCUCCGCCUUCAUGUUCGUCGUCGGAUCCAUCAAGUACGCCGAGCGCACCUACUCCCUCUACCGCGGGAGCGCCGACGGCCUGCGCAAAUCCAUGCUCGGCGACCCCGACCCGGGCCCCAACUACGCCAAGAUGAUGGAGGAGUACGACGCCAAAAUAAAGGCCGGCUUGCCUGCCGAGAUCGACGUCAAGGAGGCGCCCGUCUCCGCCGAACCUAAGAUCGGCCAAAAGCUCAACAAAGACAAUCCCAUCGAAUCCAACGCUUUCCAACUCUACCAAACGUUCCAGUACCUCUUCGCCGACCUCAUACUCAGCUUCAACGAGCGCGAAGUUAGCCGAAAGUUCUUCUUCCAGCUAGACACAGCCAAAGAAGCCUUUCAGGUGAUCGAGGUCGAGCUCGGCUUCGUCUACGACAUCGUCUACACGAAGGCCACCGUCGUGCACAGGCGGCUCGGGUACGCGCUCCGGCCGAUCGGAUCGGCGUGCAUCGUGGCCGCCUUCCUGGCAUUCUUCUUCGCCGACAAGCGCGGAUUCACGCGCGUCGACGUCGCCAUCACCUACGCGCUGCUGGCCGGCGCGGCCGUGCUCGACUUUGCGGCGCUCGUGAUGCUUCUCUGCUCGGACUGGGCCCGCGUGUUCUUCGCCGACAAGCGGCUCCUCAUUAAGUGCUGCGCAUGCAUCAAGAACUCGAGGUUCUGGCGGCGGCGGCGGUGGUCGGAGAAGGUUUCGCAGAUGAGCCUCAUCGGCUACUGCCUCGACGAGCCGGCCGGGGCCGGGGUGCCGAAGUGGGUCGCGAGUGGGCCCGUGAGCCGGCUCGCCGACAAGGUGGGGGUCAAGGAAGUCUUAGAGGAGACGCUCUACGUGAGGCGCGAGGGGGUGACGGCGGAGGCGAAGGAGUUCAUAUUCAACAAGCUGAAAGACGCGGCGAGAGAGGCUGACGGGUACGAGGAGAUAAAGGAGGUGUGCGAGCGAAGGGGCGCCGGGGCGCUCAAGAAGCUGCUCCUCUCGGACGACCCUGAGGUCAGGGAGAACGGCCCGGAGCUCAUGAAGUGCGUGGAGGUUGACUUUGACCAGAGUCUCCUCCUGUGGCACAUCGCCACCGAGCUAUGCCACUACCACGAUAACAGUACCACUCGAGCUGAGGAGACGGAGAAGCAGCGGAGGAUCAGCGUGACGCUGUCGGAGUACCUGGUGUACCUGCUGGUGAAGCAGCCGGCAAUGCUGUCGACGGCGGCGGGUAUCGGGCUGCUGCGCUUCCGUGACACGUGUGCGGAGGCCCGCCGGUUCUUUGCCCGCCGGUUCUUCGCCACGGGCAGGUGGCAGCAGCUGACGGGGGAACAGGCGCGCAAGCGGCUUGCCAGUGUGAACACCGAUAAGCCGCCUGCCGAUGUGAAGGGAGACCGCAGCAAGUCGGUGCUGUUCGACGCGUGCAUUCUGUCUAAGCGGCUGGCGGCGAUGAAUGAGAGGAAGUGGGAGGUGAUGUCGGCGGUGUGGGUGGAGAUGCUGGCGUACACGGCGUGCCACUGCCAGGCGAGGGCGCACGCGCUGCAGCUGAGCCGCGGAGGGGAGCUCGCCACCGUCGUCUGGCUCCUCAUGGCGCACGUCGGCCUGGGGAAGCUCUACCAGAUCCAGGCCGGCGAUGCACGCGCCACACUCAUCGUCGACAAGUAACUGCAUGCGUUAAUUUGCUAGACCCCAACUCCUGCUAUAGAGUGUCACUUUGAAUCUUUAGUCUUCAAAAAUAGGCUUAUUAUAAAAGAGAAAUGCUUGGUCCACCGCAAA